AGCUGAGUUCAGUCAAUGAGAACAGACCCUUAAACUGCUAUGGAUUAUAGUUAGCCGAGUCAAUCAAAUACAUGGUUGAAUUACUAACUACUGUACAAAAGAAAAAAAAUAUAUUUAAUAAAAAUAAAAUAACGUAAGGAUCACCAUCAGCGUAGUUAACACUGAUUGUAAGACAAAUAAUUACUCAAUUAAUAAAUUAUCUACGUCCUCUAAAAUGUAAUAGGUCUCUUCUAAUUUUUUUUUUGUUGACAAGUUCUUCCAAGUAUUCAAUGGCUUCCCUAAUAGACUAGUAAACUUACUUUCAUGGAAUAAUGAUAUAAAUCAAAGACAUUGAGUUCGGCAACCUAGCUCUCUAACAAUUCAUUCUACCUAGUUCCAUGGAGAAUUUCGUGUCCCAAAUUAUUAUUACUUCCUUUGUAUUUCAUUUAUUGCACUGUAUAAUGAUUUUUACACUAUUCACAUAAUUUUUAUCGACCACCUUUUUAUGAUUUAUCCGUGAGGAAAAAAUAGUCAUGUGAGAUCUAGUUAGGGCUGUAUUGAAAUCUACUUUUUAUAAUUUUUACAAAAGUAUAAUUAAAGAUAUUAAUAGGUCAAAGUAAUGUAUUGAUAAGCAUUAAAUCACUCAUGAUGUUAAAAAGAAAAACCCGAAGAAAAUAUUAUUAUUAUUUAGUUUAGCCCAACUCAAUUCAACCCAUUUUAAGAGGAUAUUAUCCUAGGGCCAAGAGGCCCAAGACAUCAACUUCAUAUUUGCUUUACAAUCAAUCCUCAAAAUUUACAUUUUCAGCUGAAACAAGUCAAACAACAACACCUUAUCCUUACCUUUUAAAUGUUCAAUCAAAUUUUUAUCAAUAGUGUACGGACAUUUAUACCCUUAAAAAUAUUUGAUUACUCAUUUGCUCUCUUUAAUAUUAAUUACCUAUUUUUCAAACGUUUAAGAAUAGUGUGAGAACAUUUAUAUCCCUAAAAAUAUUAGUUACAUAUUUUCCCACAUUAAUGUAGUCAACAAUAAGGGGCCGUUUGGUUCGCCCAAUGAAAAGAAAAAAAGUAAUCAAAGAGAAUGAAAUAAAACCCAUUCUUUUUAGCACGUUGUUUGUUUUCAAAAAAAACACCCAAGAAUCACACCACCACAGCACAACCGCAACACCUCCAAAAUUUGAAAUUUAGCAGUCAAAUUAAUCAAUCAAUCGAUAAAAUCAACAAGAAUUGAAGCGAGAGAAAAGGAUUACCGUUGUGGGGUGUGGCGCUUAUCGGGAGCCAAUUUUCCAGCCAUGAUUUUUUAGGAAAUUAGGGUUCCGGCGAAGAGGUGAAGUGUGAUUUGGGCAUUGAAGGGAGAUUGGGAGGGGGUGGUUUUCGAGAACGGAGAGACGACGAGGGUCAAGGCAAGGGAGGGGUGGAGAAGGUUGGACCGAUGAUCUCCGGCAACGAUGGAGGGAGGAGCGACAAACCACGUGCGACCAAAGGCAGCGACUGAUGAAGAGGGAGCAAGGUGGUCGAGGGAGAUCGGUGGGGAAUGAGUGGGGAGCAAGGUGGUCGACUGACGAUGGCGACGGCGGAGAAGCGAUGACUGGGGAGAGGCAGCAAGGUGGCUGGACGGUGGGGUAGGGCAGCAAGGUGGUGGUUGGUGGUGUAGUAGUGAUGAGGGGAAUGGGAAUACAAAAGGGGAGGGGGGUGGGGAAUGAGUGUAGAGGGAAAAUGGGUGAACCCAAAAAUAAAAAGGGUAAAGGGAAUAGAAAAAUGUGGCAAACAAACAAUAACAAAGGGAAUGAAACCCUCUCAUUCCCAUUCCGUUUGUUUAUUACCCCCAACCAAACGCCCCCUAAAACUUGUGAUAUAAGGCCAAAGCAAAAGAGCUCAUCGGAUAAAACUAGUUAUAGUCCACUAGGCGCACUAAUUAUGUAAAAGAUUGCAUCUACUUAACUAUAGAUUUAUAGGUAACCAUUCAUCUUUGCAAUUGGGCUUUUUUGCUGCAAAUCCUAUUGUCAUAGCCCACAUUUCUCAACAGUAGAUUUACAAAAAGCCCACCCAAUUUCUUCUUCUUCAUCGAGGGAAAAUUUCAGAUUUGCAGAGGAACAAUUACUGGGCAAAAAAAAAAGAAAUCUUGUUAAUACUUGAACAGUUUAGAAAUGGGAAAAUUAGUUGUGGGUUUGAUUGUGAGUUUGUGGGUUAUCCCUAUUUCUAUUCUUGUUAAUUCAAUUGUUCCUGAUGCUUACAUGGAUGAAAUAUUUCACAUUCCACAAGUUCAACAAUAUUGUAAAGGCAAUUUCAAGAGCUGGGAUCCCAUGAUUACUACUCCUCCUGGCCUGUACUAUCUUUCACUUGCCCAUAUUGCUUCUUUGUUUCCAGGCAUGCUUUUGCUGCAGAGGAUCUCAUCCUUUACAGAUCUAUGUUCUACUGCAAUCCUUCGAUCUGUCAAUGGUGCAUUGGCUGUUAUAUGCAGCAUUCUUAUAUAUGAGAUCAUCGCACAGUUAAGACCGGCACUUGACAGAAGAAAAGCAACAGUUUACACUAUUGUUCUUUCAUUGUACCCUCUUCAUUGGUUCUUCACUUAUCUUUAUUACACUGAUGUGGCAUCACUAGUCGUUUUCCUUGCUAUGUAUCUAGCAUCCCUGAAAAAGAAUUAUGUUUUGAGUGCUUUGCUGGGGGCAUUGGCUGUAUGCAUUCGACAAACCAACAUCAUAUGGAUGCUUUUUGUUGCAUGUGGUGGUGUGAUUGAUAUGCUGCUGGCCAAUAGGCUAAGUGUAGAUAUUCAGAAAUCUAAUUUGUCUAUUAGUGAAAAGGACCAAAUAACUCCUACAGAUGGUUUUGUAGCAAAACCAGGAAUAAGAAGGCGAAAGAUGAAGAGCACACUACAUGUUCCCCGCCUUUCAGCUACUGGUGACGAUGAGUCUGCUUUUUUACAAUCUCAUCUUUCAGGAUUGCUUGAUGAGAUCCAAUACAUUCUUGUACAAGCAUGGCAUUCAAAAUGGGAGCUUGUGGUUUCUUUUAGCCCCUUUCUUUUUGUUCUGGUAGCCUUUGUUGCUUUUGUUUACUGGAAUGGAAGUGUUGUUCUCGGUGCAAAAGAAGCUCAUGCUGUGUCCCCUCAUUUUUCUCAAAUAUUGUAUUUUGCAAUGGUCUCUGCAUUAUUUAGUGCUCCUUUCCACUUCACUUUGGGUCAUGCUUCCGUUCUGCUGCGAUCAUUUUGGAAGCUAAGGCCGCUUAGUUUUUUCCUGGGAUUUGUGAUUUUUGCUGCCGGUCUACUUUCUGUGCAUUUUUUCAGUAUAGCACACCCCUAUCUUCUAGCAGACAAUCGACACUAUCCAUUUUAUAUAUGGCGCAAGGUCAUCAACGUUCAUCAGUUGAUGAAAUACUUUCUAGUCCCACUUUACAUUUACUCAUGGCUAUCAAUCUUGUACAUAUUAGGAAAGUCUCGGAGCAGAAUCUGGGUGUUGGCCUAUUUCUUGGCUUGUGCAGCAGUUCUUGUGCCUACCCCGCUAAUUGAGUUUAGAUAUUACACGAUACCCUUCUUUAUUUUUAUGCUUAAUUGUGGGAUUGACGAUAUUAAUAAGUGGCUUCUCAUGGCGAUUCUAUACGUAGUCAUUAACAGCUUCACCAUGUACAUGUUUUUGUUUCGAUCAUUCCAGUGGAGCCAUGAAUCUGGCGUUCAAAGAUUUAUAUGGUAGAAAAACAGCUUAGCAUUGUAUUAACUGUUAAUUAAUAUAGUUACCAUUGGAUUCUCAUAAUAAUUCUUUGUCAAAAUUAUGGGGAUCUUAAGAAUUUCUGUUCA